AUGUGCGCCGUGCAGGUGACGGGGGAGCUGUCGAACAACGGACAGCCGAUGAGACGCUUCAUGCAGACGUUCGUCCUCGCGCCGCAGUCGCCGAAGAAGUACUACGUGCACAACGACAUCUUCCGCUACCAGGACGAGGUCUUCAACGACAACGAGAGCGAAGCCGAGGAUGCCGUCAUCCAGGAGCACGAGAUGGAGUCGCACCAGGAGAUCGACGUUCAAGAUCCCACCGUGACGUCGUUCUACCAGCAGGAGGAGCCACCGACCACCAACGGGACCGGGGGAGACCUAGAGGAAGCCGAGGGGGAGGUCCCCGCGGAGGAGCCGAUGUCAAUCGUCUCGGAGGAGGUCGUUCAGGACGAACCGAAGCAGGAGGCAAAGUUGUCGGAACAUGAGAGCGAAACCCCUGCCGAGGAGCUAG